ACGCGCGUUGAGUGGUUCAAUUUCCGAAAAAAGCUUGAGACAGCAGCAGCAGCAGCCAGCGCGUUGGUCCGCACAGGAAGGCUUGUAUCAAACUCCCACAUUUGCAGCGGCAGCAUCAGCAGAAGCGGUAGUUUUUCCCCGAGGGUUAGUAGCGCUGUUCAAACUCGUCCGAACCGUGAGCCGAGCAAGUGGUGUGCCGUUGGAAAAGACCAGCCAAGGAAUCUGGAUAUAGGAAAGGCAAAAGCAAAAAAUCUUCACCCGAAAGAUCAUUGAAGUGCUUGCAUCCCAACGUUAACGUUUCUUACCACUCCCCCGUGUGUGCGCGUGUGUGUGUGCGUAUUUGUGAGCCUGUGCGUGCAUGUGCCGUGUGUGAAAAGUGCCAAGUGACAGUCGUCGUACCGUAGCAACCCGGUUUGUAGUUAGCGAAAGCAGCAGCAGCAGCAGCGAUCGUAGUGUGCACCUCCUGUUUUUUGGUGUGUGGCGCCCGACAAGACACAGAACCAAAAGGAAAAACCCCUCGCGAGCACAUCCACCCAUAAGUAGCCGAAGAACAACGCGCCCAUAAAAAAUGGCCACCGAAACGGAAAACAAGCCCGUCGUAGCCGGCGAGGAAGAGAAGAAGGUGGUGGAGGCGGCGGCGGCGGCAGCAACCGCCACCGUGACCGAGGCAGCACCGGCCGAUAAGGCGGCUGCGGCGGCUGGCGGCGGUGAAGCUGCGGCCGGCGGUGACGCGUCCGAUAAGAAGCCGGAGGAGAAACCGGCCACCGGUGAGAAUGCACCGGCGGGCGGUGAAGGCGAUGGGGCGACCAGUUCCGAUGCGGCCGCCGCCCCGGCCAAGAAGGAGAAGGAAGUGAAGCCCACCGUGCACAAGGUGAACUUCGAGAAGGACGUGGUGUAUCUGUACCAGUUCACCCGCACACCGAUGCUGCCGUCCAUUUCGCCGUUCUGUCUGAAGGUGGAGACCUGGUUGCGCCUGGCCGGACUGAAGUAUGAGAACAUUGACCAUAAGCUGAAGCUGCGCUCGAAGAAGGGACAGCUGCCUUUCGUCGAAGUCAAUGGCGAAGAAAUCGCAGACUCGACCAUCAUCAUGCAGGAGCUGGCGACCCGCUACGACAAGGACCUGGACGCCGCCCUGACCCAGGAGCAGCGCAACAUUGCCCACGCGAUGAUCUCGAUGCUGGAGAACCAUCUCGUCUGGGUGGUGCUGUCGUGGCGCAGCAAGAACACGGAACAGAUGCUUAAGGGAUAUAAAAUCAACCUGCAGCACGCCCUCGGAAGCCGUCUGCCGAACGCGCUGCUGAACUUCUUCUUCAAGUUCCAGUUUAGCCGCAAGUGUUUCCAGGGUGCUAAAAAGGUGAAAGCUCAAGGCCUGGGUGUUCACAAGCCCGAGGAGAUCGAGGAGUUCGGUCGCAAGGAUCUGAAGGUGCUGUCUGAGCUGCUGGCCGAUAAGCCGUUCUUCUUCGGUGACGAACCCACCACGCUGGACUGCGUUGCAUUCUCCGUAUUGGCACAGAUCCAUUUCAUCCUGGACGAGGUUAAGUACGGGCUGAAGGAGUUCAUGCAGGAGAACUGCCCGAAUCUGGUGGGUCACGUUUCGCGAAUUAAGGAGCGUUGCUUCCCCGACUGGGAGGAUAUCUGCACCAAGCUCGAUCUGAACGCGCACAUCCCGAAGCCAGAACCCGAAACCAAGGAAAACAAGGAAGGUGCUGACACGGAAAAAACUGCCGAACAGGACAAGAACGAGUCGGAAAAGGAGCUCGAGAAGGACAACUCGAACGAGAAGUCCGAAAAGAAGGAGGAACCCGAGAAGGUGGUGGAAGAAAAUAAAGAAAAAGAGGAGGCAGCCGCCAAAUAAGGUGGACCACCGCAUUAAAAUCUGGUCCGGCCGCCGCCGCCGCCACCACCGUGCAGCAGCAGCAGCAGCAAAGGGAAGCAUAAUGCUUUUUACACUAUUCUACUAGAAGCCGUCGACGCUGUUUUAAACCAGUGUGCCGACGUGCACCCCGAAACAUCCACCAGCUUCUCCCUGCUCGGUUGGGAGAAGCCGAUCCAAUUCCACCUACUCUUUAUGCGAGGAUAUAUUAUUUUGUAGAAAAAAAAAUCAACCACAAGGAAGGAAAGCAAAUUCUUACCGAAGAAAUACACAACACGUGCGAAGUAGUCCAGUCCGGGAUCCGGGAGAUUUUUGUUUGUCUGCCAAUCACCACCGUCGCCCAUGGUUGUGUGGGGGUGUGAGUCGGUAUACUCGGGCGGUUGCUUUUUUGUGUUUGUGUUGUGUAAUGAGACAAAGGGGGGAGGGGGGAAAGCUGGGAAUGUUCCGUUUCCGUCUCCCCUUUCGAUUGUUUAUUCGAAAUUUGGCUUUUUGUCCUCUCUAUAUAUGUAUAUGUAUAACUUUUUUUUGUUUUAAAAAAGCUGUUUUGUCGUGCUUUUGAUAGUUUUCUUAUCGCGCAUGCAUAUAAAUUUCCCGUAACAAAAAAACAAACAAAAAAAUCUUCCGAGAUAAAAUAGGAGUAGCAUAAAGAGCAUGGGGUGGGGUGGGAGUAUAUUAAUUGAAUAUUAUAUAGAAAAGAUAAAAUUAAACAAAAUCAGAAAGAGGAAAGUUCAGAUUCAUACGACAUAAGCAAGGAAGUGUGCGUGCGCGUUUGUGUGCGCGAUCCAGCGUUUGAAGACCAAACCACACCGUAGCAACGGGGAAAAGGGAAGGGAAAAUGGAGAGGGGGGGGGAUGGGGAAACGCAGAGUCCGCCAAAAGGGACGUGCGAAUUUCGAAGAGAAUGUGCCAGCAUGAUGAAGAAAACUGACGAUGAUAACCACAGAAAGGGUAAAAAGAAAGGAAAACGCAGAAGAAAAGCGACAUUAAAAAGAGAUAAAAAAGGGAAAAGGAAAAUGGAAAGAGGAAGUGGAAAUUGAAUGGAAAAGUAGAAAAGGCGUUCAGACAUGACAGCAGAAGCUGAGAGGACAGGAAAGGGAAGAAGCGUUUUCGAAAUUGGAAAACCUGUUAACGGAAAUGGCCACUGCCGAGUAGUGUUUUGCGUUUCGCGUUGCCUCCCUUCCUGGCACAAAGCAAACAAACAAAAAAUAAAUAGAAAUUACUCGUAUUAAGUAAAAACCGGAAAAAAAUGCAAGCAAAACAAACAAACACUACACACACACACACACAUCGCUACAAGAUGAAAUGGGGGAAACAAAGAAAUGAGAGAGAUGAGAAAGGCGAAGGAGGAGGGGGAGAGGAGACGUUGGAGAAAAUGCAAACAGUUAGCACAAAACUGUUGUUGCAACAUUGGCAAACAAGCAAAGAGGAAGAAUGGAUGAUAGUAGCAAAACGGCGCGAAAAGAAAAGAAAACAGGAAUAGAUAUGGCAUACAAUACUCAAAAACUUUUCAUUUGUGUAAAGAUUUUUUGCAGACGUAACAUAAGUGGGUAGACUCAGCAAAACGAAAGCAACAGAGAGAGAGAGAGUAGGUAAUGAAAACAGAAACAGUAACCAACAACAGCAACAAAAAAAAAAGAAAAAAAUGAAACAAAACAAGAAAAAAAAGUCAAAUAAACCUUUCGUCUGUUCAGUAUUUUCGCUGAACAGAAAACGACAACCCUUUUCCGAGCGACGAACAGCGAACACAUUGAGCCUGAGUCCGCGAUGACCCGCGAUAUGCUGAAGAUUGGAGAGUUGGAAUGUGCAGAGUGACGCCGUUAUUGUGCAACACUGGGAUGAGAAAGUGCGAAUAUAGGUGUGUGCGGCUAGCUAGAAUCGUAUCUCUCUGUGGUGUGUGUGUGUGUUACUUUUUGUUUUAGGCGCUGUUGCAAUUGUUCAGUUUUUUUUUUCAGUUAAGCAGUUAGUCUGAGGAUUAAUCCGCUUUCUGCGAGCUCCCAUGCACUAUGGGCUCUUCCUUAUGGCUUAAAGAGGAUGGUCAGAACCAGGGUGUGAAACUCCCACCAGCUCGAAUGUAGGGAAGCUAGGGUCCUUUGCUUUUGGUUUUGCCACCCUCCUAACCCUCCCCCGGCGCUUCCAUCUCUCUCUGCAGACACUUCUGAGCUUCAUGUGCAAACGAAAUGAUUUAGGAAGGUAGACAAACACACACACACACACACUCGAUGAAUGCCCGUGAGCGAGCGAUAUUAGUAAUUUGUACAAUUGCUAUUGAAUAUUUUUUAUAUUUUUCUUAUAUAUUUUAUAUUUAUAGUACUUUUAUGCAACAGACAUACACAACACACACACACACACACACCUAACACACACAUGAAGAACGAAAAGGUAAUGUAUAAUAAACGAAAAUAUCUCUCCCAUUGUAACGUUGGUUUUUGACGACAUUUCGUGCAUUUUAACAACAGAAAACGGGCCUUGGGGCUGUGUUGUUGCGGUUUGCAAAAGUUUGGCGCUUCAGACCAAAUAGAGAGAACCACGGUGAUGGAGAGCAUAUUGGGGUGUUUUUUUUUAUUCGGUUCCAUUAGUCUUUUCGCGUUUUUAUGUCCUCCCUCUGUCUAUUGCUUUUUUCGAACUCGGCUUUUUCGCGCCCAAGAAACCCCCCCCCCCCCCGUCUGAUGCAAUUUACAGUAGUUCAGCUUAAGCGAAGUGUGUUGAGUGGUAGCUUAAUGAUUUUUUUUUUCGUUUUUCUGUAUCGUUUUUAGUCGAUAAUUUUUUGUGCUUCUUUCAAGAAAAUAUACACAUAGCAUGUACCAAGUGUGGGGGUGUGUGUGUGCAUUUUUUUUUCGUGUUGUAAGCUGCAUCUAGCUGUGCCGGAUACGGGCACGAGAAUAUGGGGGAUCGGACGGUUAGGUAUUUAGUGCGAUAAAAAAACAAACAAAAUAAACCCCUUUUUGUAAAUUUAUAUCAGCCAGAAUAUGUUAAAUGUACGCUGAGAUUCUUCAUACGGUUAGUCAGACACUAAGUGGGGGUACUGGGAAGGAUUAGGACGUCGUUAGUACGAUUGGUGUGAAGGGACAUCGUGUUGGGCAGUGGAGGUGAUCGGUGGGAAGGUUGCGGAAAUUUCUUGUUUCGCAGCUGCAGCUGAAAAGGAACACAACAACAUACGAUCAAAAUCUCUUUUUAAAAGGAAGAGAUGUGCAUUAUUACAGCCGCCAUCAGGAAUUAUCGGUGAGACGUUUAAAAUCAUAAAGAAUAAAUCAAACAAAACCCCCA